AAAGUUUUACCUAAAGACGUCUUUCGGUCACUGUCCCAACGUGUUUUCGCGACAUUCGUUCAUCGUGCGCCAAAAGCGGCAACUUACUUGUAGACCAACAACAAGUUCAAACAUCGCCAUAAUACAAAAGUUAACAAGUGCUGUGGUGUUGUGCACAAUUUAAAAAACGCGUUUGUCUUCCACACAUGCAUCUUUCGAAAAAUGAAAGUGAUCAAAUUGUUAUGAUCGAUCUCUCCAACUCCUUCGAGCUAAAUAACUACAGCAAAAGUCGGCAUUUUCCACAAAAGCUCAUUGUUUUUCAGCAACAACAACAAUAACGACAAUAAUAAAAAAAGACUCCAGCAGUUAUAAAGCGAUACAUAGUAGUCCGCAAAUGCACAACGAAAGAUGUGAUGAUGUGAAGUGUGAUUAUUAAACACAACUGAAUGACAGAAAUGAUGAAUUUGCAAAAAAGGAAGAGCAGAUAGUGCCGACAAAAAGUUGAACAAAAAGCUAGACAAAACAUUCCCGUACAAGUAUUAAAUAACGCGACAAAAAAAUAAUAAAAACGAAAUAUUCUUUGAUCUUGAAGCUAAACGAGUUGAGACGAAACAAACGCAAAAAAUGCUAAUGAAUUAGGCAGCGAGAAAUAAACAAUUGCAAUGGCAAGCCUUGGUCAGUAAUUGUAGCCCAAGUUAAAAUGAUGAAACACACAAUUUAAUUUAUAAUAAAAGUGGAAGACAAAGACGGGGAGGCGAGCAACACGAAAUCGUGUCUGAAACGCUACGGCAAUGCCAAUAAUAACAGCAACAACGACAGCAACAAGCGGUGGAAUAGUAGCAGCUGCUGCCAGAAGCGGUGCAAUCGCUAAGGCCGUGGUUGGUCUAGACAUUGGUUCGGCUGAGACAGCGAAUCUAACGCCAACGCCACCAGCAACAGCGACGACAGCAGUGACCAGUGAUUACUUAUUGCUGCAACAGCAGCAACAACAGUUCAACCAUCAUUAUUAUCAGCACCACCAGCAACAGCAACAGUUGGCGGCGCCACAGACCAUGCUAAACGCUGCCCACCAACAUCCUGUGAAUGCUGGUGCUGCUGCUGUUGCUGUCUCAUCAGCACCAACAGCGGCAACGGCAGUGGCAACAGCAACAGAAAAUCCAACGGCAGCCGCAGAUGUGCCAAUUACUUCAGCAACGGCAACCAGUUUUGCAACAUUUAACGGAAAUUCGAAUCUAAAUUCUAACCUUGCCAACGGAAGUAAUCAUAGCAGCAGCAAGAAUCUGAAUUGUAAUAACAAUGUCAACGAUAACGGUUGCGAUGUUGCCGGCAAUACGAGCAGCAUCCGUCUGGGUCCUCCACCACCACCACCAGCAACUAAAAAGUCUAUGGCCGAGCAUGCUUCGCGCGAAGAUGUUGCGUCUUUGGGUGGCACAUCCUCUGUUAAUAGUCAAAUGUCUGCUCACAAUCAUUUCAUUGGCAACACCAACAACAACAACAGCGCCAGCAGCAACAUCGGUAUCGGCAUCAAUGGCCUUCCAUUGCACAUAAACCACAACCAUAUAAACAAUGCCAACAGCAAUGGCGCGCCUGCUCGGCCCACUGGCCAUCCAAGCAGCAUUUUAAAGGGCAGCAAGGAAAAUCUUCUUCAAAACACUUACUACAAUGGUGAGGGUGGUGAAAGCAGUCUGGGCAGCGAGUGCGGAGGUAUGGAUAACCACAACCAUAGUCAUGCUACGGCCAGCCACGAGGAUCCCGGAGAUGGCUUGGGUCCACUUCCCCCCAAAUGGGAAACUGCCUAUACUGAGCGUGGGGAACUGUAUUUCAUUGAUCACAAUACUGGCACAUCCCAUUGGCUUGAUCCGCGUCUAUCGAAAUAUCAGAAGAAAUCGCUUGAAGAUUGUUGCGAGGAUGAGCUGCCAUAUGGCUGGGAGAAGAUCGAGGAUUCCCUCUAUGGUACAUAUUUUAUAGACCAUGUGAAUCGACGCACUCAAUACGAGAAUCCAGUGCUGGAAGCAAAGCGCCGUGCCGCAGAGCAGCGCCAACUCCUACAACAGCAGGAGCAGCAGGACCAACAGCUGCAACAGCAACGUGCUAAAACGCCGACAACAACACAGCUGGUGCAGGAUCCAGUGGCAGCCUUGGAUGCGGCGACCGAAGCGACUCCCAAGACAUUGCUUCCAUAUAAAUUUACGCGCAAUCCCGCGGAGCUGCAGGGUCAGCGCAUUAGCACCACGUUGUUAAAGUCAGCACGCGGCUUAGGCAUUACCAUAGUGGGUGGCGAUGGCGGCAGCAACCCCAACGACGGCGGUGUAGAGGAGUUUUUGCAAAUCAAGACAGUGGUACCCAAUGGACCCGCCUGGUUGGACGGACAGUUGCAAACUGGCGAUGUGCUCGUUUAUGUAAAUGACACCUGCGUGCUGGGCUUCACGCAUCACGACAUGGUUAGCAUCUUUCAGUCAAUACUGCCCGGCGAGACAGCAACCUUGGAGGUGUGUCGUGGCUAUCCGCUUCCUUUUGAUCCCAACGAUCCAAAUACGGAGGUGGUAACGACCAUUGCCGUCGACGGGAUAACCAGUGAGUCGGAGAAGCAGCGCCGAAUGAUCAUGGAUCUCAACAUGGACGGCAACUACAACUUUCUAGAUUUGUCUGGAGAUGGCACCAGUAAAGGGGCGGGCAGUGGAUUUAUUCUAAUGAAAAAACCAGAGAUACACACAUUCAGCAUUAUUAAGGGAACUAUGGGUUUCGGUUUCACAAUUGCCGAUUCUGCCUGUGGUCAGAAGGUGAAAAAAAUACUGGAUAGGAAUUGCUGCACACAGCUGCAGGAGGGCGAUGUGCUGCUCGAAAUAAACGACAUCAAUGUGCGCAACAAAUCCCAUGUCUAUGUGGUAGAGGUGCUCAAGGAAUGCAGCAAGACAGCGCCCACGACAGUUAAGAUACAGCGCGUGCCAAAUGAAGAGGUGCCAGUUGUCAGUCAGUCCCAAUCUGGAAACGGUGGCAACAGUUUCGGCAAUGUGGCGAAGCUAAGAAAAAACUUUGUUGGUGGUACGGCGACUACGGGCGGUGGUUUGUUUCGCAGCAAGACGCCAACGGCGGAUUUGUACAGUACGCAGCCCAAGGAGGUGUUGCCGAUGCGGCCAAAAACUCCGCUGGUGGACACACGGCGCGCCCGUGUUCAGACGCCUAACGAGCUGCUUGAGACGGAUGGGCCGUUAGCUACACUCGCUGAAAGCAAAACGCAUGUGGACGGAAAGUCAAAUAAUAGUCUGCAAGAGCUCGACGAAAUACCCUUUAUGGAUCCGUAUCCCAAAAUGGUCAGCCGUCUGAGCGAACGUCUAGCCGAGGCGUCUCUCCAAAGCGACAACAAUGGUUAUAGUACGGCGCCAACACACUUUACGUCCCAGGAGCAGUAUGUUAGUCCCAAUUACAAUCCCAUCUAUGGCCUCACUGCGUUGCCCCCCAGCAUGCAGCCAUUACCACAGAAUGCUGCUGCGACCACUGGUGCGCCAGCACCGACGCAUUUGUAUGGACCACUGACCACACCCUUAGGUCUUAUGACACCCAAUAGCACAGCCAAUACAGGAGCUGUCUACGGACAGACUCAACAUCAUCAUGAUUCCUGUUAUUGUUACGAUUGCCAGAACCUGAAGUUUCGACCACAGCACGUUUCACCACUCGGUUACUUUGCACCGCAGCCUCUUCCCUCCUCUGCCAGCACUGCCCAAUAUUCCCCGCUUCAGGCUGCACACAUUCAGAACGAGAGGAUGCAGCGACGCGUCAAUGAGUUGCUCAGCGAUCGCCGACGUGUGGGCUUCGCCAACCUCGAUCCUCCGCUCCAUCAACACCAACAGCCACAACAAGACCACCAGCACCACCAUCAGCAGCUCCCACAUCAGCAUUCACCAGCGGCAACUUCUUGGCUGGCGGGUGGCACACGCAAUGGGGCCCUGUUGGAUGCUUCAGAAGAUGCUGAUCAGUGCGAACUGACCGAAGUAACAUUGGAGCGGCAAGCUCUGGGCUUUGGUUUUCGCAUUGUUGGUGGCACUGAGGAAGGGUCGCAGGUAACGGUAGGCCACAUUGUGCCCGGCGGCGCGGCCGAUCAAGAUCAGCGCAUAGCCACAGGCGAUGAAAUUUUAAGCAUUGACGGCAUCAAUGUGCUGAAUUCUUCGCACCAUAAGGUUGUGUCACUUGUGGGAGAGUCUGCGUUGCGUGGCCAGGUCACUAUGAUAUUGCGAAGGCGUCGUACGCAGCAACAUGCAACAUUGACUCAGCUGCGACGUUAUCCCUACGAUGUCAUCGUCAGUCGGCACGAGAAUGAGGGCUUUGGAUUCGUCAUCAUCUCCUCAUCUAAUCAUUACUACGGCUCCACAAUAGGUAAACUGAUACCCGCCAGUCCUGCUGAUCGUUGCGGAGAGUUGAAGGUGGGCGAUCGGAUUAUUGCUGUCAAUCGCAUAGAUAUAGCCGGCAUGUCGCAUGGCGAUGUUGUAAAUCUCAUCAAGGAAUCUGGUCUGCAUGUGCGUCUCACCAUCGGUUGUCCCAUUAAGGAGGGCCCCAGCCCCAGUGGUAACAGCGGCCUAGGCAGUAAUACACCUCUACAGGCCUCACCUAGUUUACUGAAAAGUGCGCAAUCGCAGCUGCCACCCCAACAACAACAACAACAACAGCACCACCACCAACCACAGCAACUGGACAUGAUUGGUGGCUACAUAGAACGGCCCGGCACCAGCAUGACCACAUUAUCUCUGCACCAGCAACCGCAAUUAUGACUUUGAGACCUACGUAUUAGGCUCUACAAGAGCUUUCUUUAGCGCAGCUCCUUGUUCUUAAAUUGUAUUUUAGCAUAUUCUGCCGUUUAUGUCAUAUUUGUUUUUUUAUACUUUACUAAGUAACCCCAAAGACUGAAUUAUUAAGCGCCUAUAUAAAGUUUUACACUGCAAAUCUCAAAUAAAAGGUUUCACAACGCCGAAUCUCUCCAUAAUUGUUGCCCGCACCACCAGUUUUUAACCCCAUAAACUUAAGUAUAUAUACAUAUGUUUUACUAACAUACAUAUACGCAUAAGGUAAUCCAUUAAUCGUGUAGCGUUAAGUAGAAUAAAGGUGUUUUAUACCAUUA